GACCCGAUCCGGGACGUUCUGCGGUAAACCGUUUAUUAUAAAGAGAAUAAAAAACCGCAGUAGCAGUCCAACGCACCGAGACCCCCACCACCAAUGCAACGAGGGGGGAUGAUGCGGAAGGAUACGCGGUGACGUUGUUCCCCCACUGGAGGCUCCUCCGCGGCGGCGCGAGGUGAACGCAGAGAGGAGGGAGGACGGAAGGACGCAGAGAGAGAGAGAGAGAUCACUCGGUCCAGAACACAGCAGCAGCAUCAUGGCACCUAUCGGAUUAAAGGCGGUGGUCGGCGAAAAGAUUAUGAACGAUGUGAUCAAGAAGGUGAAGAAGAAGGGAGAAUGGAAGGCGCUGAUCGUGGACCAGCUGAGCAUGAGGAUGUUGUCGUCCUGCUGCAAGAUGACGGACAUCAUGACAGAGGGCAUCACCAUUGUGGAGGACAUCAACAAGCGGCGAGAGCCUCUUCCCAGCCUGGAGGCCAUUUACCUGAUUACACCCACAGAGAAGUCCGUCCAAACCCUCAUCGGCGACUUCAAAGACCCUCAUUCCGCCAAAUACAAGGCUGCCCACGUUUUCUUCACUGACACCUGCCCCGAUCCUCUGUUCAACGAGCUGGUGAAGAGCCGCGCCUCCAAAUCCACAAAGACUCUGACCGAGAUCAACAUCGCGUUCCUGCCCUACGAGUCUCAGGUGUACUCUCUGGACAACCCGGACGCCUUCCACAGUUUCUACAGCCCCCACAAGACCCAGCUGAAGAACCCGGUGAUGGAGAGGCUGGCCGAGCAGCUGGCCACGCUGUGUGCCACCCUGAAGGAGUACCCGGCCGUCAGAUACCGAGGGGAGUACAAGGACAACGCCACCCUGGCCCAGCUGGUUCAAGACAAACUGGACGCCUACAAGGCGGACGACCCCACCAUGGGAGAGGGUCCAGACAAGGCUCGCUCACAGCUGAUCAUCCUGGACAGGGCGUUCGACCCCGUCUCACCUGUCCUGCAUGAGCUCACCUUCCAGGCCAUGGGCUACGACCUGCUGCCCAUCGAGAACGACGUCUACAAGUAUGAGACCAGUGGCAUCGGAGACUCUCGUGAGAAGGAGGUGCUGCUGCACGAGGACGAUGACCUGUGGGUGAGCCUGAGACACAAACACAUAGCGGAGGUGUCCCAGGAAGUGACGCGACAACUGAAGGAGUUUUCUGCCAGCAAGAGGAUGAACACUGCUGGAGAGAAGACGACGAUGAGGGAUCUGUCCCAGAUGCUGAAGAAGAUGCCUCAGUACCAGAAGGAGCUCAGCAAGUACUCCACUCACCUGCAGCUGGCUGAGGACUGUAUGAAGCAUUACCAGGGAACAGUGGACAAGCUGUGCCGCGUGGAACAGGAUUUGGCGAUGGGAACAGACGCCGAGGGCGAGAAGAUCAAAGACCCGAUGAGGGCCAUCGUGCCCAUCCUGCUGGACGCCCACGUCACCACACACGACAAGAUCCGCAUCAUCCUGCUGUACAUCUUCCUCAAGAACGGCAUCACGGAGGAAAAUCUGAACAAGCUGAUCCAGCACGCUCAGAUUCCCCCUGAGGACAGUGAGAUCAUCACCAACAUGGCUCACCUGGGCGUCCCCAUCGUCACAGACUCCACCCUCCGCCGAGGAAAGAAGCUAGACAGGAAGGAGCGUGUGAGCGAGCAGACCUAUCAGCUGUCCCGCUGGACACCACUGGUCAAGGAUAUCAUGGAGGAUGCUAUUGAAGAUAAGCUGGACACCAAGCACUACCCCUACAUCUCCACUCGCUCCUCUGCCUCCUUCAGCACCACUGCAGUCAGCAGCGCUCGGUACGGCCACUGGCACAAGAACAAGACACCGGGAGAGUACCGCACCGGCCCGCGUGUCAUGGUCUUCAUCAUUGGCGGCGUGUCCUUCAGUGAAAUGCGCUGCGCCUAUGAGGUCACACAGGCCAAUGGGAAAUGGGAAGCCAUCAUCGGUGCCACCCACUUGCUCACCCCCACCAAAUUCUUAUCGGACCUGCAGCAUCCCGACUUCCGAGAGUCCACUAGGGUGUCCUUUGAGGACGCAGACCCCUCAGACGAGUGAGGCAGAGACAGAUUGGGAGGGAGGGAGAGAGAGAUCACACUGAACAAAGCUCGACCCACAUCUUCCCCCCCACAAGCCUGCUGGAGCAGCUCAAGACCAUGAACAAACCAGACGAAGAAGUGACGAGCUAAAAAUCUUCCAGCCGCAUCCCCCUCCCACUUAACCCCCACGACCUCCACCUCCACCCCAUCCCACCUCCAACCCGCCCUGAAACCCUGAAUCCAUUAAUUGUGUAUGCAUCUUGCUUGAAAAACAGAAAAGGAAAAAAAAAGACAUCUUAGAUGAUAAAAAAAAAAAUAUAUGUUGUAUCAAAGAAUAAAAUUGUUGCAAGUAUUCUCAUGUUUUACAAUGGAUGCAACUUAAAUUAACUUAUUUAAAAAGGUUUAAAUAUCAGAACAGAUGGCCAUUUAAAACUGAAAGUACCAAAAGUAACACUAUGCUAUGAAAACCUGCUAGGAUGUGUAAGAGGUUUUCUCUUGGUUUUUCCUUUCAAUCACUCCCUUUGGUGUGAGUUUGACUGGAAGCAGGUGGAGGAGGGAUGUGACGUUUGAGAGGUUGAUGUUGUAAAAAACAAAAACAAAAAAAACAUGCAAUAUAUAUAAUAUAAAUAUAUUUCACCGGGGAGGAGGAGGACCUAAUCCUUGCCCAUUUGACAUGUGCAUAUUCAGUAGCAUGCUUGGACUUUUGUGUGGACUGUCAAUGUGUUCGUAUCCAGUGUGGAUGUUCCAGGAGCUGCGGAGUUUAGCUUUUUCCCCAAAGAUGCUGAGCUUGAAUACUCCACCGAAAAAACAACAACUUUUGUUUUGAGUAUAUUAGAACGAAUUAACUGAAACUUUACAAACCGCUCCACUACACAUCGCUUCAUCUGUAAAUAGUUGGAGAUGUAAAUCUAAUGCAUUAUACUAAAAUAUCUUCAUAUUUAGUCUAAUAGUACUAAAUAUAUAUGAUAUAAGAUAUGAAUAUGACCACAAACAACAAAAGAAUUGUCAAGAUUUAAUGCUGCCUUCACGUAUUAGUCUGGAAUUCCGAGAAUGUCAUGUUCAAGUGCUUUGUUGUCGGAAAGAAUUGGAAAAAUGGCAAAUGUAAUAAUAAUAUUUGCACCGGGCUAGCAGACUUUAGUCCGUUUGUUAUGAGUAGAACGAUAAUUGUCGUUGGUCUAUGUCGUUUAAGAAUUAUCUCAGAGUUUCCCACUCGUAAUUACGACUAGAGGAAGCAUUCAUGUUCCAAUUUCCAAGUCGGCAUCUCGUAUUUACCACAAUUCCGAUACCACCUGAAGGCAGCAUAAGAAACGCUUACGUAAGGUAGAAUUUGAAUUAAUUAGAUCCAGGUGGCGCUUCCGGUUGUUGUCGCGCUACUGCUCUAGCUACAAACGGGAGUUGUCUUUUUCGGACUUAUUUUGGCGUCAAUAUAACGUCGUAACAUACUUGGCGCAUAUGUUUGACAACUGAGGAAGUGGACUGUGUUGUAGGAAUUGUUUUUGUGAACGUUUUGAUCGUUUUUUUCGCGGUGAAACCAUCGUGAAUCCAAGCUAGCAUUAGCAUUAGCUUGAGCCGCCGCCAUUUUCCAUCCUGUGGGAGUCAACACAGCAGGUGAGUGAUCGAUGCUCAAAACUUCGGUUGACAUUUCGGUGAAGUGUUCGUUUUUCAAAAAACUUGGCAGAGCCGACAAUGAAGAGAGCGAAGGAGCUCUGUGUGAAAAUAUAAAACAUAAACAUUUAAAAGAAGAGCAGACUCAUCCCUCCUCCGGCUGCCGAGACGUGUCAAAGUAUUUUUGACCUUCCACACAAACCCUUUUCUUUUUCCUCUCUCUGGCGAAGCUUCACGUGUUACUGUCUUCAAGGGGCCGUUGCUUGCUGUUCUAUAAUGAAUUCUGUUUUAAAAAAUAUAAAAAGGGGGGCCAGUCGUAUUUCAGUAUUGUAUCCUGUCAGAUCGUUUAAGUCUUCUCAUUGGUUCGUGACGGUGUUUGAACUGGGCCAUGCACUGAGUAGGUGUCGUGUGUAAAAUGCCAUAAUGUUGCUGUUGUUUAGCGUCUCUCGCUUGUUGACUGGUGACCUUUCUGACUGUGAAGUAGUGAUUUUACUUUUGAAACUUUUAAAAGACCGGGUGAAAGCCGCGUUGUUUGUGUGUGAUGUUUCUAGCCGUAGCUGUCUAGUGGGUCCACCGGGAAAAAUGGGAACUAUUAUCUCUAUUUUUCUUUUCUUCUUUGUCUGUUUCCUCCUGGUGCAAAGUAAGAACCCUAAAAGAAAACUUUAACCAUUUUCACUCCUCAGUUUCCCGCCGUUCUCUCCUCUUUGCCUCCAAGCGACUUGUAUAUUGCACUACUUGCGUUUUUCUGUGAUGCAAACGCUCGACUUUGUGUCAACAUUUUUUAUUAUGAUUUGCUGUUGUAUAGGGUUUAACUCUGUUAAAUCAAUUGAUUUAUAUCCAAAUAAUUUAUCAGAGGUGAGAAACAAAAGAAAUAUCAAUGAAACAUUUAGUCCGACUGUUUAACUUAUUGGAAUUGUUUGUUUGCCAAUGUUGAAGCACAAACAAUACUUCCACGUGUACCUAGUAUGUACUAAGGCUGUCUAAUAAAUUGGCUUCCAUUACA